AUGAUCCAACUAAAAAAUCCAACUACUCUUCUCGCAAAGAUAACUGCUAUUAAUGAGCCGUUUGCAAGUAUUGAGGAAAUAGCAAGAUCAUUGGUUUAUGACUCUAUACAUGGACCAUUUGAUAAGUCAAUUAAAGUAAAAGAUAAUGAAUUAAUAUUACAUGGGAAAUCAAUAAGAGUAUUUCAUGAAUGUAAACCAGAAAAUAUCAAAUGGAAAGAUACCGACGUAAACUAUAUUCUGGACGCUUCGGGACAAUUUAGUACUGUAGAAUUAGCUAUGAAACAUAUAACUGCGGGUGCUAAAAAAGUUAUUAUAACUACACCUAGUCGAAAUGCUCCAAUAUUUGUCAAAGGAGUAAAUUUUUUCAACUAUAGAAAAUCUAUGAAAAUUGUUUCAUGUGCAUCAUGUACAACUAAUUGUGCAGCUCCAAUAAUUAAGAUCAUACAUGAUAAAUUUUGUGUACAUAAUUGUUUAUUGACUUCUGUACACUCCAUGACAACUUCUCAGACAAUCCAAGAUGAUACAACAAAAAUUAGAUCCGGGCCUGGUAAUUUUAUACCGAGUACAACCGGAGCGGGCAAAGCUGUUGGAAUUCUAAUUCCCGAAUUACAAGGUAAAAUACAUGGAGAUGCUGUUAGAGUUCCGAUAAUGAACGUUUCUCUAUUAAAACUUUUUAUAAAUGUUAAAAAAGAAAUGACCUUAGAUGAUGUUAAAAAAGAAAUAAUGGAACAAGCAAAGAGCAAAAUGAAAGGGAUAGUUCAUUAUAAUGAUGAUUAUUGUGUCAGCUCUGAUUUUAUAGGUUGUGAGCAUUCGGCAGUUGUAGAUAUGAAUUACAUGAAUGCAAUUAAUAAGUUGAUUUUAAUAAAUGCAUGGUAUGAUAAUGAAAAAGGAUAUGCUAAAAGGGUUUUAGAUCUUCUAAGUUAUAUGAUCGAAAAAGAUGCGAUAAAUGGAGUCGAACAACAUGAACAGAACGUUUGUUAAUAUCAA